AUGACCGCCACCAAGCUGGCGGGUCUCUCGACCCUCGUCUUCGUAGCCGAGCUGCGGACGCUCAUAAUCACCAACUUCCUCGGCGUGACAAUGGCUCCCAUAAGAGCACGCUCGUCAAGGCCAUGGUUUGGUGCCAAUUCGGCUGCCAUUUGCAGCGGGCUGGCAGCCAACGAUGUCGUUAUCGACAAUGUAGACAAAAACUGCUCCGUCAUGCUGGAGUUCACCAGCGGAUAUGUCAUAGCGCAGCAACCGACGUCAACGAACUGCGCGGCGAGCUGCUUGGCAGGGACUACGAGACUAUACGAGGCCGCUGUCGCCUACGAUGCGUUCAAUCUGGUACGGUCCCGCGAACUUUUCGGCGAGUUUGCGAGUUGGUCUCCGCAAGUUCAAAUGCUUCGUUGA